AUCACGCGCGCAAAUUCCCCGCUACGUUACACCACCGUCCCUGUCCGGCUGUCCCCGGCGCCGGCAUCGGCAUCGGCAUUAUAAACCACGCGCCGCGCACGGCGAUGGGGGAGUGUCUGCCAGCUUUGCACUUGGCAGUUGGCACGCAGUCUUGUCGCAGGGGGACUAGCUAAAGUGUGGGCAAUGGCGAUGGCACCGGCAACGCGAGCUCCUGGCGGCGCGGCCGCUGCUCGCUUGGUGUCUAAGAGCGCUUUCUCGGUGCCAUCUCCUGUUCGGCUGCCACGCCGCGCAGGCGGGGGCAGGGCCGCGGUCCUCGGCGUCGCGGCGAGGAGCGGGCGGCGGGACGGGUGGCCGGGCGCCGACUCGAGCUCGUCCUCCUCCGGCUCCGGGGGCGGCCGGCUGGUGGACGCCGACAUGGCGACGCUGCGGCGGCGCAUCCGCGAGGCGCGGGCGGAGGCGGCGGCGGAGGAUGGCAUUGACGCCGAAGCCGACGCCGACGCCGGUGGUGGCCUCCUGCUCCCGGCAGAGUGGACGGAGCUGGAGCGGCGGCACCACGGGAGCUAUGUGGCGGGCGUGUGCGGCGCGCUCGGCCUCCUCGAGGCGCUCCUCGUGAGAGCGAGGCCGGGGCUCGGGGCCGGCCUGCUGGCGAUGCUACUGCUCGGCGUGCCGGCGUCGCUGUUCCUCGUGUGCGCGCAGCUGAUCCAGGCCGUGGAUUCCGUCUCGUCCGGAUUACUGGCCGGCCGAUGAGCGGGAACUGCUGCAUUGGUGUAUGGCCAGAUGGCGAGCCGGCGAGCACGGUGGAACAUUUCGGCCCAGAGAUUCAUAAGAUUUCUUGAUUCAUUGCAUGCAUAAAACCGUUUUGUAACUUCAUCGCUACAGUUUAUAAAUAGUGGCUAUGUCCUUCUGUUAAUACACACAAAUUCUUCUGUUGAUAAAUAAAAAAAAGAUUGUAUGGCAAA